GGCAAUUACAGUGUUUUCAAACUCGGUCCACGCUAGUUUUCACUUCCGGUCUGGUUCCAGAACAUUGGAGUUGAUGAACAUGGACUGGACUCAGAUUGCUAAGAAGAUCUUGGAUCUCACCGUGGAAAUCAUCUGUUUGCUUACUGGAGAGGACCAGGUGGUUGCGAAAAAGUUUUGUGAGUGUGUUGAUCACAACCACCCUCACCGUGUAACAGAAGGAUCGUGUAAAAUCGAGAGCCUCAGUGUAGUGACUCCACGUUCCUUGCUGAUACAUGAGAGAGAGAAUGAGAAGAAGAUCCUGGUACUGACCAAUGAGAUCAUCCACCUUCUGACUGGAGAGGUUCCUAUAAGGUGUGAGGAUGUCGCUGUCUAUUUCUCCAUGGAGGAGUGGGAGUAUCUAGAAAGACACAAGGAUCUCUACAAGGACGUAAUGAAGGAGAAUCACCAGACCCUCAGCUCACCGGAUAAACCUUUAUCAGCUGAAUAUCAUACUCCAGAUUGUGUGCCCCGUUUUGGAAACAAUGAGGAAAAUGUAGCUGAACCCAAAAAUGGACCACACUAUCUGCGAACUAGCAAAAUAAGAAAAAGACUCAAAAAUAAUAUUCCGUACAUAAUGAAAGAGUGUCCAUCAUCAGACAGGGACGUUUACAAACAGACAGAAUAUCCAUCUACUUAUAUUAAGAAGGAAUCGGCAUUACAUGAAGAAGGAAAUCUCACAGGGUUUGACAUCCAUGCAUGCACAGAUAAUACACAGACAGAAUAUUCAUCUAUUCUUAUUAAGGAGGAAUCAGCCUCGUAUGAAGAAGGGAAUCGCCCAGGAGUCGAUAUUUAUAAAUCCAGUCACAAUUCUACUCUUGCAGAUAAUGAAGAUGAUAGAACUUGUUCAAACAUACAUUCUAUCAAGCCUUGUCUUGAAUUAAAUACACCAUAUUAUAUUGAUGGUAAUGCUACUCAGAGCAAAGACAACAUAGAGGAAAUAUUCCUUUUUUCUGACUGUCCACAAGGCAUCAGUAGUGACACGCAGGAUGUUAAGCAUCAGCCAAAUCAUACAGGUAAAUACUUAUUAUCCACACCAGACCUUAUGAUACAUGAAAUGAAUCACACAGGAGAAAAUCUGAUUUUAUUUUCUCAAUCUGGGUCAGAUUUUAUUCAGGUGUCAAAUCUUGUCAAGCAGGAAAUGGAUUGGACUGAACAGAAACUAUACGUAUGCUCUGAAUGUGGGAAAUAUAUUACCCAGGCUGCAGAACUUGCGUCACAUAAAAUGGUUCAUAAUAAGGAAAGACCAUACAAAUGUACUGAAUGUUCGAAGACUUUUAAAAAAAAGCCUCAUCUUGUUAGUCAUCGGAAGAUUCACACAAGAGAAAAGCCAUUUAAAUGCACUGAAUGUGGGAAAUGUUUUACUUCGAAUUCACAACUGAUUUCACAUAAAUGGAUUCAUUCAGGCGAGAGACGAUUCAAGUGUAAUGAAUGUGGCAAGUGUUUUAUCCUAAAGCAUCAUCUUAUUAGUCAUCAAAUGGUUCACAGUAAAGAAAAACCUUUUAAAUGCACUGAAUGUGGGAAAUGUUUUACCCGGGCUACAAAUCUUGCAUCACAUAAAUUAAUUCACACAGGAGAAAAACCAUUUUCAUGCUGUGAAUGUGGACAACGGUUUAACGUAAAGCAUGCUCUUAAAAUGCACCACAGAGUUCACACAGGAGAGAAACCAUACAGGUGCCUUGAAUGUGGGAAAAGUUUUGCCCAAUUAACAGGUCUUGUUGCACAUAAAAGGACUCAUACAGGAGAAAGGCCAUUUAAAUGCUCUGAAUGUGGAAAAGGUUUUACCCGGGCCACAAAUCUUGUAUCACAUAAAAUGGUUCAUAAUAAGGAAAGACCAUACAAAUGUACUGAAUGUUCGAAGACUUAUAAAAAAAAGUCUCAUCUUGUUAGUCAUCGGAAGAUUCACACAGGAGAAAAGCCAUUUAAAUGCACUGAAUGUGGGAAAUGUUUUACUUCGAAUUCACAACUGAUUUCACAUGAAUUGAUUCAUUCAGGCGAGAGACCAUUUAAGUGUAAUGAAUGUGGCAAGUGUUUUAUCCUAAAGCAUCAUCUAACUAAUCAUCAAAUGGUUCACAGUAAAGAAAAACCUUUUAAAUGCACUGAAUGUGGGAAAUGUUUUACCCGGGCUACAACUCUUGCAUCACAUAAAUUAAUUCACACAGGAGAAAAACCAUUUUCAUGCUGUGAAUGUGGACAACGGUUUUACUCAAAGCAUGCUCUUAAAAUGCACCACAGAGUUCACACAGGAGAGAAACCAUAAAGGUGCCUUGAAUGUGGGGAAACUUUUACCCGAUUAACAAGUCUUGAGUUACAUAAAAAGAUUCAUACAAGAUAGAGGCCAUCUAAAAGCUCUGAAUGUGGGAAAUGUUUUACCCAGCCCACAUCUGUGAUUAGACAUUAUAGAAUUCACAGAUUAUUAGAGCCGUUCUUCUGAACAUGGAGAAAGCUUUGCAGGUACCUAGUCUAAUAUUAGACACUAAGGUACUAAUAUGGAGUAAAAGCCAUUUGCAUGUACAAUGUGUAGAGCACAGUAUUUGUACCCAAUGUUUUGUUAGUUAUACAAUGAAUAAGGUUUUGAAGAAAAUAAAAAAGUUGGUAUUGAAUUAAGAGGAGUAUGAUGCUUUUUACAGCAAUAAAACAUGGCCUGCUUAAGGGGAUACUGUAGUGCCAGGAAUACUGUGCCUCGCGCAUCCCCCCUUCCUGGUUAUUUACUUACCUGAUCCCAGCGCCAAUGUCCCUCGAUGCUGGGUUGAAGCU